AUGAACGUGACUGAAUUCAUCCUGACAGGAUUGACACAGAGCCCUCAGAUGCAGAGAAUUCUGCUUCUGGUGUUGCUCAUCACCUAUGUGGUCACUGUCAUGGGAAACCUGCUCAUUGUGGGGACUGUAGUCUGCAGCCAGACCUUGAACUCCCCAAUGUACUUCUUCCUGGCUUUUUUAUCUUUGAUAGACGCAUGCUAUUCCUCUUCUAUAGUACCUAAAAUGAUGGCAGAUUUACUCUCAGAGACAAAAGCCAUCUCAUUCUAUGGUUGCAUGAUACAGCUUUUCAUUGAACAUUUCUUGGGAGCUUCAGAGAUUGUCCUCUUGGUCGUCAUGGCCUAUGACCGCUAUGUGGCCAUCUGCAGACCUCUGCACUAUGUGACCAGGAUGAACCAUCACACCUGCUGCCUCCUAGUGGGGAUAUGUUGGAUAGUGGGUUUUCUCCACUCUUUUGGGCAGAUACUAGUUACUCUUUGGAUCCCUUUCUGUGGCCCCAACAUUAUGGAUCAUUUCUGUUGUGACAUUUUCCCACUACUGCAACUUGCGUGUACUGACACUUUCCUUCUUGGUCUCUUGGUUGCUGCCAAUGGUGGUGUGAUCCCGGUGAUCACCUUUGCGAUGCUGCUGAUAUCCUAUGUGGUCAUCCUGUGCUCCUUGAGGACUCACAGCUCUGCAGGGAGGAAGAAGGCUCUCUCCACAUGUGGCUCCCACAUCACAGUUGUUAUCUUGUUCUUUGUGCCUUGUAUUUAUACAUAUAUGCGACCUGUGACUACCUUUCGCAUGGAUAAAGCCAUAGCUGUGUUUUAUACUGUUGUUACUCCUCUUUUAAAUCCUGUUAUCUACACAGUAAGGAAUGCAGAGGUAAAAAAUGCCAUUACAACGCUACUCAAAAGGAAUUCAGCCUUGAAUAAUAAGUGA